CCAACCGACGUGGAAGCAGUUCUCUCUAUCAGGAGUAAAAUAAAACGCAGUUUGGAACAAAUUGUCUGACAGACAGAAAACAUAACAAGGAAUGGCCUCUGCUAACACUUCCUGGUCUGAGGAGGACUUUUCAUGUUCCAUCUGUCUGGAUGUGUUCAGCAGCCCGGUUACCACACCGUGUGGACACAACUUCUGCAGAACCUGUAUUACAAAGUUCUGGGAUGAACAAGUCAAGUACAAAUGUCCUGUUUGCAACAAGAUUUUCGACACAAAACCUGAUCCAUGGGUCAAUACCCUCUUAUCACAGCUGGCUGCUCAGUUUAGAACAACCGUACGAGUUAAAGAGCAGCCUUGUGUUGAACCAGCAGAAGUUCCCUGUGACUUCUGUACUGGGACCCAGCAGAAGGCUGUGAAGUCCUGCCUCGUGUGUUUCACCUCUUACUGCCAAACCCACCUGGAGCCACAUCAGAGAGUCGCAGUCCUGAAGAAACAUCGGCUGGUCGAGCCUAUGGACCGUCUGGAAGACAGGAUGUGUAAGAAACACAACCGACUUCUGGAGCUCUUCUGCCAGACUGAAGAGGUGUGUGUGUGUCAGUUCUGCACAGAGACAGACCACAAGUCCCAUCCUGUUGUACCUCUGAAGGAGGAAUAUGAAGUGAAGACGGCCCAGCUGGGGAAGAUUGAGGCUGAAGUUCCGCAGAUGAUCCAGGAGAGAAAAGAAAAGAUUAAGGAGAUCAAAGGCAAAGUAGAACUGAGCAACAAAGUUGCAGACAGAGAGAUAGCCAUUGGUGGGCAGGUCUUCACUGCUCUGAUAGGCUGCGUUGAAAAGUGCCGCGAUGAAUUCAACCGAACGGUUCAAGAGAAACUGAAAUCCACAGAGAAACAAGCUGAAGACCUCAUCAAAGAGCUGGAGCAGGAAAUAGAAGAUCUGACCAAUAGAUGCUCAGAGGUGAAGCAGCUCUCACACACUAAAGACCACCUCCACUUCCUCCAGACCUUCAGAUCCCUGAAGGAUCCUACACCCACCAGGGACUGGACCACGGUGGAGGUCCGUCCUCCGUCAUACGUAGGGACCUUGAGGAGAUCCCUGGAUCAGCUGGAUGAGACACUGAACAUGGAGAUGAAGAAGCUGCGUGAUGAUGCUGUACUGAAGAUGGUCCAGCAGUAUGAAGUAGAUGUGACUCUGGAUCCUGAUACAGCUAAUGGCUGGCUCAUCCUGUCUGAGGAUGGGAAACAAGUACAUGAUGGAGAUGUGAAGAAGGUACUCCCAGACAACCCUAAGAGAUUUACACAGUAUAUAUUUGUUCUCACGAGGCAGAGCUUCUCCUCGGGGAGAUUUUACUUUGAGGUCCAGGUUAAAGACAAGACUGCAUGGUGGUUAGGAGUGGCCAGAGAGUCCAUCGACAGAAAAGGUGGGAGCACGAGGACCCCUGUGACGGGUUACUGGACUCUUUACUACAACAAGGAUAGGUUUGUAUUUAAUGAUAACCCUGAUGUCCGUCUCCCUCUGAGAGCUGAGCUCCAGAAGGUGGGGGUGUUUGUUGAUUAUGAUGAGGGUGUGGUCUCCUUCUAUGAUGUGGAAGCCAGGGUUCAUAUCUACUCUGCUACUGGCUGCACCUUCAGUGAGCCUCUCUAUCCAUUCCUCUACCCAUUUCCCCGUGAUUAUGGAGGUAACAACUCUGCCCCCCUGAUCAUCUCACCUGUCAAUCAAACAGACUAGGACCUUUGUUUAAUAAUAAAACAAAGAAACAACCAAAACAACUAAUGUUGUUUACUGAAUUAGAAUCUCUACUAUGUGAGGUCUGAGAGAACUGCUUUAAUGUCGUACUGCUGACAUUUAACGAGGAGAUGUUCUUUAAGAACAUGAUCACAGUUGUUGAAUUCAACCCAUUAUGAAUGGUUAAAUUACACAUUAUAUUUUGUCUGUUUUGUUUCCAGAUCUUUUUACACAUUUAAUGCUAUAAAGUUUUUAACAGUUGCAGUUUAUAGAACAUAAGAGGACUAACAUGUUAAGAGGACUAAUCUGUGCAAAAUAAUAAUUGUAGUUUUUUAACAUUGCUAUCUGCUUUAACUUCUGAAUAUUGAAUGACAAAAAAACAAAUUGUCCUUACACGUUCAUUGAUUUUUUUUUUAAUGUGUAGGCCUAAAUACGUUAUCUAAAACAGAUACAUUCCAGUCUAAUAGGGUCCAGUAGAAUCACUGUCUCAGGGUAAUACAAAAAACAAAUGUGUUUGUUGCCUCAAACCUUUAUUUUGAUCAUUUCGAGAUUGAUGGAACGUUUUAUUUCAGUAAAGAAUUUUAAAAGUUGGUAGUUGAUGAACCAGUAAAACUGAAAUCUCCACCAUACAACCCUUCAUGUAUUAAACACUUAAAGAAGGUCACAGUGACUACAUGUAGAGAUCCUCCCCAUGUGUGUGAGUACCGUGACUUUUUCUUGUCUGCUCUCCUCUCCUCUCCUCUCCUCUCUUCCUCCUCUCUCUUCUCCUCCUAGCUCCUCUCUCUUACCUCUGCUAUCCUCUCUAGCUCAUCUAGGAUUGUGUUCAUUAUUGUCGUUCAUUACGCAUUAAGUGUGUUCACAUGUCAAAAGUCACCCCAUUUAGAUGAAUCUAGAAUAGAUGUUGUACAACUGCAGUCGGUUGCACCAGCAGAACGUAAAGCCGAUCGUAAGUUCGGGUGUAAAGUCCGCCGUAACCCUACGCUCGACGUAGCUAGUGUCAAACUAAAGGUGUUCUAAAUUUUGGUUGCACCACCAUAACUUAAGUUGUAACGUUACUGGUAGUGCGUAAACGGUACUAGUGUCGCUUUUAAUGACGUUUAGAUAAUUUCAAGCCAAUCAUUGACAGAUAACAAUGUAAACAGGAAAUACCGGCAAGUGUCCACCUUACCCGAGUGAAGACGCGUUAACACCCAAAUGAGAGGGCAAACAAAACAGUUUCAGUCAUUUAUUCUCUAAAAUUUGCUUGGACGGUAUAGGCGUGAGGUUAAGCUAUUUGAUGGCGGAUUUUAUAAUAAAUAAAUAAAUAUAAUAUUCCGCCCGGCAAAACCGAAAUCGUGCAUAUAAUUCAACAUCAUCAUAAUAAAGAAAUGGAUCGAUACGGUCACGGACAAUCCGUUCCCGGCGCAAAUCGCAUUGAAACUCCUCUUCCCAUUGCUCAAAACGAAUAGCCAUCUUUACCCUGCGUUAGUGUUGAAAUCUUUUUACCUUUUUUUCUUUUAACGGUUCUUUAUCGUUAGUAUGGAACUUACACCAGCUAGAGGGGAGGUGUAAAAGAUAAGUUAUAACUUAGUGUUACGUUGAAACUAUCUGCUUGGUGCAACUGCUAUUUUUUUAGUAGAGUGUAAAGUCGAACGUUUGGGUGAUUUACGUUCAACGUAGCCUAAGUUGGACCUUACGUUCUGCUGGUGCAACCAGCUGCUGAACUCCAACUGGGUGAGUUCGGCUGUGGUGAAUCACUAUGGUGACGGUGACGCUCCCGCUCGUGCGGAGUCCUCCUCCCCAUAACCACGCCCACUGACUGCCUGGACGGCGCGAGGAGAGGGAGAGGGACACUGAAGCUGUUGGCACGAGAGCCGUGGACCUCGAUGUCUCUGAGCAGCCAGCAGCAUGGGAAUGAACAACCCCAUCACGCGUUUGAAUAUGUGUUUCAACUUCUCCCUGAUGGUUUGAAUAAGUCGCAAAGUGUGUCGUUAGUCGCCUUUUAAAUAAAGUCGCAAAGAGAGUCAAUGAUACGUGAACAACUGUUAAUGGUCUGUAAUGUUUGAUACUAUUAUUUUAGUCAUUCUGUUUAUUGUGCACUUGUACUUUUAUUCGUUGUUAAAGCUUAAUACUAAUAAACAACUCAGUCGAACCAAAAUAAUGUUCUCGUGUAUUCAGCCGACUAACUAUCCUGCAUUCUAGCCUUUA